AUGGGUUUUGUCUAUGUGAACCUGUUGCAAGUAGACGCGCAGGGGUCUGGGAAUGAUAUAGCUCAGUUUGGAAACUACAAUGGUCCUUUUGCUCUUAUGGGAGACUUUAAUCAAAUUCUUAACAGUAUUGAUAAAAAAAGUGGUAGUAAACCAAAUAGAAAGGUGAAAGAGGACUUGCGGGGGAUGCUAAGGGUUCUGGAUGUAGCGGAGAUAAAGCAUAGAGGGGUAUGGUUCACAUGGUCCGAUGGUAGGAAAGGUAACGAAGAAGUCAAGGAGAGGCUUGAUAGGGCAUUCGCAAAUUCGGGAUGGUUAUCACUAUUUGAUCAGGCAAUCCUUGAAAACAUGCCUAAUUAUGCGAUCAUACCAUGGACCCUUAGGGUGUACGGAAGGAGUAAAGGACAACAAGGCAGCUGGUCUGUCAAAUUCCCUGGAAACUGUUAUGAGGCACUUGAUGAAUUGCACAGGCAAUCCAUAAGGAGGAUUGAUGUAAGGAUAAAAAGACUUAUGAAGGAGCUUGAGGAAACACAAAUGAACGGAGAAGAAGAUAUAGUAGAGGAGGAAGCAAAUGGCUUCUGUACGAUGGAGGAGGUACUAGGGAUGGUUGAUAGAAGAAUUGAUGAGAGAAGUCGGGAUCACUUGGUCCUGACAAGUUACUCGAGGGGAGAUCAAAGACGCAGUGUUCCAGAUGGGGAAGUGGAAGGCGUAAGGGGAAGAUGGUUUUCCUCCAGGUUUCUAUCUGGAGUAUUGGCCGAUUGUAGGGGAUAG